CACUCAUUUUACGUCAAUCAAUCCACAUUUGAUUUCUCAAUUUUAAAUCUCAGAUCAAUCAUGUCUUGCUGUGGAGGAAACUGUGGCUGUGGAUCUGCCUGCAAGUGCGGCAGCGGCUGUGGAGGAUGCAAGAUGUACCCAGACAUGAGCUACACCGAAAGCAUCACAACCACCGAGACUUUGGUGCUUGGGGUGGGACCUGAGAAGACAAGCUUCGGCGCCAUGGAGAUGGGUGAAUCCCCUGUUGCUGAGAAUGGCUGCAAAUGUGGAUCUGACUGCAAGUGCAACCCUUGCACUUGUUCUAAGUGAACAAACUAUAGUUAAAACAGAGCAGAGAUCAUGGUGUUAGCCUCUUAUGGCUGAAGAAAAU